AUGACGCCUGAAAGCCAGGGCAAUCGGGACAACCGCAUGAACCGGAGCGUGCUGGGCAAGGCUGGUGCAUGUCCUCUCCUAGAGUCUUGGGUGAUCUUCAUCUCACACCAGUGGCUGGGGCGUGACCAUCCUGACCCACAGGGUGAGCAGCUCGCUGUACUGCAAGAUGCGCUGGGGCGGUUGAUGGCUGGGCAGAUGAAAGUCGAGCAUGAUGCCGCAGUCCAGUUCUUUCGAAAAGGCCGCACGCUGACCAAAGCCGAGUGCAGCAAACUGCAGGAUGCCUACAUCUGGUUGGACUACUUCAGUGUGCCUCAGAUGGUUCCGGAUUCCGCGCGUGAAGAGCAACUGAAACAUAUCAAUUCCAUCCCCUACUACGUUCACUCAUCUGAGCUCUUCCUGGCGGUGGUCCCCAGGUGUUUCCACGAAGAUGGCGAUUUGUGCGGGGAAUCCACCUGGCUACAGCGGGGGUGGUGUCGAACCGAAAUGUGGUGUAAACUGCUGCAAGUGUCAGACGUCUCGGACAUUCCCAUCAUCUUCGUGACUGCCGGCGACUUGGCGCGCUUUGCCCUGCCCAGAUGGAUUUGGUACCCUGUCCACUCAGGGCAAUUUACUUUGGAAGCGGAUCGCCAGUCUUGCUGCCAUGUGGUGCAAGAAGCACUCAAGCACAAGAUUUUGGAGAGGAAGCAGCAAAACGACCUGCAGCGCUACCGGCUCCUCCUUGCUCUCUUCGAGCACCUCGUGGGCCUGCCACUAAAGCAGCGGGACGUGGAGGAGUUCUUGGCCGACUUUGCUUUCGACAGCCAACAGAAUUCACGAGCACAAGCUGGUGUUGGCCCAAUAGCAUGUGCUGCGUUGGCUGGAGACUGUGGGAUGAUCCGCAGCCUUCUUUCUGCCGGGGCCUCCUUGCACACCCACGCACAUGUGGAUGAGUUGAUCGGCAUUUUGCCGGGCUUCACGCCCUUGCACAUGGCCUGUCACUUCCGCUCCUCGGCCCUGGAGCCCCUGCAAACCCUGCUGGAGCUGCGGGCCGACCCACAUGCCACCUCGGGCGCGACGCCUGCGCCUCUGAACUUCUGCCGAACUGCAGAGGCCGUAGAGCUCCUUGUUCAACAUGGGGCAUCGGUCAAUGCCGCGACCACCUUGUUCAAGUGGGCGCCCAUCCAUACCAUGGCCAUGGGCGGAGUGCCGCCGGAGACUUUGGCGAAGAUGUUGGAGCUGCGCGCAGAUCCGAACGGAGCCGCUGGGGGCUCUCCGCCCCUCGGCUUCCUCGCCUAUGUCGGCAACUCCAAUGCCCACCUGAUCGAGUCGGCCCAGCUCUUGAUCGACAAGACAGCGGAUGUGAACCGCUUGUACCAGACAGAGGGCAUCUGGCGCUUCAUCGAGCUCAGCUGCCGAGCCUACAGCAUGUGCUCCCGAGAGCCUCCCUUGCUCAUGUCAGUCUUUGCCAACAUGACGACAACGCCCUUAGGCUUCUGCACCUUGUUUGGCUGUGAGGACCUUGCAGUGUUCCUUCUCAAGUCACGGGCUGAUCCCGAGAUCUUGAACAACAGAGGCCUAAGCCCAAUUCAGCUUGCAAGUACUAGUAAGUUGAGGCAGGUGGCCGCUGUUGCUCCAGCACAUUACCUGUACCUCUCUGACAAUUUACAGAUAGCGUACUUCUGA